AUGCAACACAUCUCCCUUGGUGUCGAAACAGCUUCAAAUGUAUUGUCCGUCACCGAAAAAUUUGUAGGUGGAGUCACCAACGUAGUCGAUGUGAUAGGGGCAUUUGUCCCCCUCGUAAGCAAUAUUACCAAUGCUAUCCGUGAAAUUCAAGAUAUAUGCGAAUCAAUCGAAUACAACAAGAGAAUGUGUGGGACUUUGCUAGAACGUGCCUUAUUCGCCGAAGCUGCCACGAAAGCUCUAAUGAUCAGGACCGACUAUUAUGAGAAAAAAUUGAGAUCGAGAGAAUUCUACGAUGGAUUUCGAAGAUUUGCCGAGGUUAUCGAGAAGAUCAAGGAGUUCACGAAAACGGUAUCUCGGCUCUCCGGGCUACGAAAGUUUUUUCAAGCAUCGGAUAUUAAGUCGCGUUUUACGAUAUUGUUGGAAGAAUUUGAUGGACUCAUGAACGUAUUACAGUUUAGUAUGGUCGCAAGAUCAUCCGACAUAAGCUAUAUUAUUCUUCAGGACUUGGAAGAACUUAAAAAUCGAAUAGAGGGUGGAAUUACCAAGCGCGAUACAAAUGAAAUCCUAAUUAACCCAAACAUCGAAGAAAUUGAAGUUAUGAAUGUUGCGUGGAAAAAUGGAACCUUGCCCACUAAUUCCAGCCUAUUUUCGUCUGUGAUGAUCAAUCCAAACCUUAUAACCGACAACUCGGUCAAACAAAUAAGCAAGAAGAUCGAGCAGGCGUUUUACAAAGACCAAGCAUCUGGAACUGAACUCGUAGCAUUAAGACGCCUGACUGAUCCGGACUCAAUAGAUGAACAAGAGAGAGAAAAAAUUAUGAAAGAAAUACUCAUAUUCAAACGACUGAAGGAUUGUAAACACAUCAUCGAAUUCUAUGGACUUGUCGAAAGGGAUACAGGCAUUUACCUCGUCACGCAAUGGGCCGAUAAUGGAAAUCUCAAAAAAUUUUAUACAGAACAUCAUGCCAUGACUCACUGGAGUGUAAAAUCGAAAAUUGCUGUUGAUAUUGCUCGUGCUUUGACUUUUCUUCACUCGGUAUCAAUUUACCAUCAUGACUUGAGAUCCGAGAACAUUCUUAUAACCGAUCGAUACGCGGCCAAGCUUGCGAACUUCAGCAAAAGGUAUACUUGUGACUGUGACUACUCGUUCGACAAACUUUUUCUCGCUGUUAUGGCCUUAAAUUCCAUAAAUAAAAUUUCUACAUUGUGUAGUCGUUGCUUCAGCGCAGAAACAACCUCGUUAGAUCGAACAUUAGAAAGAAUGCGAUACAUGGCUCCUGAGAAAAUAGAGAAGAAGACACAAAGAUAUAACCUUAAAUGCGAAAUUUUUAGGCUUCUUUGGGAAAUUUCCGAAUGUAAAACGCCACUUGAAGAACACAAAGACCUAUCGAUACUUAAAACUUUGGUAUGCGAUCCAAAAAACGCGCUUCAAUUUAACCCCAAUGUUCCGAAAGAAUGGAAAGAUAUUGCCAACAAAGCAAUGCAAUAUAGCACAAAUCUCCGUCCACCCCUCAGUGAAAUUUUUAAUGUCCUGUUUGACAUCUCCGAAACAUUUAAUGAUCAACAUACUUCCAAUUUGAACACAAAGGUGCCUAAUCAUAUUUCUAAUCCUGACAUCGGCACCCAGAACUUAUUGAGCGUUCGCGACGCGCUUAUGGAACACAAAAAACCAAGUGGCAAUAAAAAAGCUGCAUUUGAAGCAUUUAAGGUACAUGCCGAGCGCGGGGAUAUUAAAGCCAAGUACUGGUAUGCCUAUUAUCUUAAUAAAGGAGAUGUGCCAGAUUCCGAGAUCUUGAGAGAAAAAGAACGACUUCAGAAAGCCGUUGCCCUUUUCAAAGAAACGGCUGAUGAAGGAUUUCCUGAUGGACAAUUUCGAUAUGGCUACUGCUUGUGGUACGGAAAAGGUGUCACUAAAAAUGUUCGCGAGGCAAUUAAAUACUUUGAGAUGUCCGCUGCAGCUGGAAACUCUACGGCGAUGUAUACGCUUGGAGAUAUAUAUUACAAGGGACUUGAAGUUAAAAAGGAUAAAGAAAAGGGUGCAAAAUAUUUAAGACAUGCCGCCUUGCUAAAACAUGAGAAGGCACUGAAGAUGUGUAGGAAGGAGCACAUCCCAUUGGCUUAG